GUUGUCAUAUGAAUUCAUGGUUCACGUUGUUUCACAUUGCCGUGGUAGCAUUUCUAGCUACAACAUGGGAUUUGGGAACGACAAGUGACAGUGUGAUGACUGUAUAUCAAGUUUAGUGUGAACAGCAGUGUAGAAAAUAACAGUUUAUGUCCUAGAUCUGUAUUUCUGCCGGAGGUUGGCGGGGACAAACAGAAGUCACGAUGGUGAAAGAGCAGUUUAGAGAGACUGAUGUGGCCAAAAAAAUAAGCCACAUCUGUUUUGGGAUGAAGUCGGCUGAACAGAUGAGACAGCAGGCUCAUAUCCAAGUGGUCAGUAAGAACCUGUACAGCCAGGACACCAGCCAUACUCCUCUACCAUACGGAGUACUGGAUCAUCGCAUGGGCACCAGUGAGAAGGAUCGUCCUUGUGACACGUGUGGGAAGAACCUGGCUGACUGUCUGGGACACUAUGGGUAUCUGGACCUGGAGAUGCCCUGUUUCCAUGUGGGCUAUUUCAAAGCCACCAUUGGAAUCCUACAGAUGAUCUGUAAGACGUGUUCUCACAUCAUGCUGACCAAAGAGGAGAAACUACAGUUUAUGGAUGUGUUGAAGAGGCCAGGCCUAGCGUACCUCCAGAAACGAGGAAUGAAGAAGAAGAUAUCCGACAAAUGCCGCAAAAGGACAAUGUGUCUCAAUUGCUCCACGUUAAAUGGACCAGUGAAGAAGUGUGGCUUGCUGAAGAUCCUCCACGAGAAAUACAAGACAACCAAGAAAGUGGUGGACACUGUAGUAUCAGACUUUCUCAACUCAUUCGAUAUCGCAAUAGAACACAACAAAGAAGUGGAGGGCUUGCUUAACAGGGCUCAGGAGAACCUGAGUCCUCUAGUGGUGCUGAACCUCUUCAGGAGGAUACCAGCGGAGGACAUUCCCCUGCUCCUGAUGAACCCUGAGGCAGGUAAGCCCGCAGACCUCAUCCUCACCCGCCUGCUGGUACCUCCGCUCUGCAUCCGCCCCUCUGUCAUCUCAGACCUCAAGUCAGGUACUAAUGAGGAUGACCUCACCAUGAAGCUCACAGAGAUCAUCUUCCUCAAUGACGUCAUCAAGAAGCACCGUAUGUCAGGGGCCAAGACCCAGAUGAUCAUGGAGGACUGGGACUUCCUCCAGCUGCAAUGUGCUCUCUACAUCAACAGUGAGCUCUCUGGCAUCCCCCUCAACAUGGCCCCUAAGAAGUGGACCAGAGGCUUCGUUCAGAGACUCAAGGGCAAACAAGGGCGAUUCCGUGGAAACCUCUCGGGGAAGAGAGUGGAUUUCUCUGGGAGAACGGUCAUCUCUCCGGACCCCAACCUGCGGAUUGAUGAGGUGGCUGUCCCUGUGCACGUAGCCAAAAUCCUGACCUACCCAGAGAAGGUGAACAAGGCCAACUUGGAGAUGCUGAGGAAGCUGGUGCGGAGCGGUCCAGAGGUCCACCCUGGAGCCAACUUCAUCCAGCAACGACACACGCAGAUGAAGAGGUUUCUGAAGUACGGGAACCGAGACAAGAUGGCCCAGGAGCUGAGGUUUGGAGACGUGGUGGAGAGACACAUGAUCGAUGGAGACAUCGUCCUCUUCAACCGACAGCCCUCUCUACACAAACUCAGCAUCAUGGCUCAUAUUGCCAAAGUGAAGCCUCACAGAACGUUCCGGUUUAACGAGUGUGUGUGCACGCCGUACAACGCUGACUUUGACGGGGAUGAGAUGAACCUUCACCUUCCCCAGACAGAGGAGGCCAAGGCUGAAGCCCUGGUGCUGAUGGGGACCAAAGCCAACCUGGUGACCCCCAGGAACGGAGAGCCUCUGAUUGCUGCUAUUCAAGACUUUCUGACAGGAGCCUACCUGUUGACCCUGAAGGACACAUUCUUCGAUAGGUCGAAAGCCUGCCAGAUAGUGGCCUCUAUCCUGGUGGGGGUGGAUGAGAGGAUCAAGAUAGCUCUCCCACACCCUGCCAUACUCAAGCCCAUGACUCUGUGGACAGGGAAGCAGAUCUUUGGUCUGAUCCUGAAGCCCAGUAAGGCCUGUCCAGUCAAGGCCAACCUGAGGACCAAGGGGAAACAGUACAGUGGGAAAGGAGAGGACCUCUGCAGCAACGACUCCUUCGUGGUGAUCCAGAACAGUGAGUUGAUGUGUGGUACCAUGGAUAAGGGCACAUUGGGCUCUGGCUCCAAGAAGAACAUAUUCUACAUCCUGCUGAGAGACUGGGGGCAGCUGGAGGCAGCCAACGCCAUGUCUCGUCUGGCCCGCAUCGCCCCUACAUACCUCUCCAACCGGGGUUUCUCCAUCGGUAUUGGUGACGUGACCCCAGGCCAGGGUCUGCUGAAGGCCAAACAGGACCUGCUGGAUGGAGGCUAUGCCAAGUGUGACGAGUACAUCGAGGCCCUGAAGACGGGCAAACUGCAGCAGCAACCAGGCUGCACGGCUGAGGAGACGCUGGAGGCCCUCAUCCUGAAGGAGCUGUCUGUUAUCAGAGACCAUGCCGGCAGCGCCUGCCUCAGAGAACUGGACAAGACCAACAGUCCUCUGAUUAUGGCUCUGUGUGGCUCCAAAGGAUCCUUCAUCAACAUCUCCCAGAUGAUCGCCUGCGUGGGCCAGCAGGCUAUAAGCGGCUCUCGAGUGCCCGACGGCUUUGAGAACCGCUCGCUGCCACACUUUGAGAAGCACUCUAAACUUCCUGCAGCUAAAGGGUUUGUAGCUGACAGCUUUUAUUCAGGCCUGACGCCGACGGAGUUCUUUUUCCACACUAUGGCUGGUCGAGAGGGCUUGGUAGACACCGCUGUUAAAACAGCGGAGACCGGAUACAUGCAGAGGCGUCUGGUGAAGUCGUUGGAGGACCUGUGUUCCCAGUAUGAUCUGACGGUACGGAGCUCCACUGGUGACAUCAUUCAGUUUGUCUACGGGGGGGACGGCCUGGACCCGGCCGCCAUGGAGGGGAAAGAUGAACCGUUGGAGUUCAACAGAGUUCUGGACAACAUCCGGUCUGUCCAUACGUGUUCAGAGCAGCCAGCCCUUAGUAAGAAUGAGUUGGUCCUGACAGCAGAGUCCAUCAUGAAGAGGAGUGACUUCAAGUGCUGCCGAGACAGCUUCCUCGAGGCCUUGACAGACACGGGCUCAGAGAAGUAUAUGGAGGAGAUCAAAAAGUUCAUCAAGGCUACAUCUGAGAAAAUCAAGAAGACCAGGGACAAAUACGGCAUCAACGACAAUGGCACCACUGAGCCCAGAGUUCUGUAUCAGUUGGACCGCAUCACUCCAAGCCAGCUAGAGAAGUUUCUGGAGACCUGCAGGGACAAGUACAUGAGAGCUCAGAUGGAGCCAGGCUCAGCAGUAGGAGCCCUGUGUGCCCAGAGCAUUGGGGAGCCUGGCACCCAGAUGACCCUGAAAACCUUCCACUUUGCUGGGGUAGCCUCCAUGAACAUCACCCUGGGGGUCCCACGCAUCAAGGAGAUCAUCAACGCCUCCAAGAACAUCAGCACACCUAUAAUCAGCGCUCACUUGGAUGUGGACGACGACGCAGACUUCGGCCGUCUGGUGAAAGGGAGGAUUGAGAAGACCCUUCUGGGAGAGAUUUCAGAGUACAUUGAAGAGGUGUUUCUGCCAGACGACUGUUUCAUUCUGGUCAAGCUGUCACUGGAGAGGAUCAGACUGCUACGGCUAGAGGUGAAUGCAGAGACAGUCCGCUACUCUAUCUGCAUGUCUAAGCUGAGAGUGAAGCCUGGAGACAUAGCUGUACACGGGGAGGCAGUGGUCUGUGUAUCUCCCAGGGAAAACAGCAAGAGCUCCAUGUACUACGUCCUCCAGUCUCUAAAGGAUAACCUGCCCAAGGUGGUGGUACAGGGUAUCCCUGAGGUCUCCAGAGCUGUCAUUCACAUCGACGAGCAGACCGGCAAGAACAAGUACAAGCUGCUGGUUGAGGGAGACAACCUACGCAGUGUCAUGGCAACCCACGGUGUCAACGGCAACAGGACCACCUCAAACAACACCUAUGAGGUUGAGAAGACGAUUGGUAUCGAGGCUGCUAGGUCCACCAUCAUCAAUGAGAUCCAGUACACCAUGGUGAACCACGGCAUGAGCAUCGACAGGCGACACGUCAUGCUCCUGGCUGACCUCAUGUCCUAUAAGGGUGAGAUCCUGGGUAUCACCCGGUUUGGCCUGGCUAAGAUGAAGGAGAGCGUGUUGAUGCUGGCGUCCUUUGAGAAAACUGCCGACCAUCUCUUUGACGCUGCGUACUUUGGUCAGAAGGACUCGGUCUGUGGUGUAUCUGAAUGCAUCAUCAUGGGAAUCCCCAUGAACAUUGGUACAGGACUGUUCAAGCUCUUACACAAGGCUGAUAAGGACCCCACGCCACCCAGGAGACCCCUGCUCUUCGACAGUCCCGACUUCCACAUCCCCUUGGUUACAUAGUAGAACCCUGGGCUCACGUCUGUCCCAGUAGAACCCUGGGCUCGCGUCUGUCCCAGUAGAACCCUGGGCUCGCGUCUGUCCCAGUAGAACCCUGGGCUCGCGUCUGUCCCAGUAGAACCCUGGGCUCGCGUCUGUCCCAGUAGAACCCUGGGCUCGCGUCUGUCCCAGUAGAACCCUGGGCUCGUGUCCGUCCCAGUAGAACCCUGGGCUCGUGUCUGUCCCACACCCAACAUCUAAUAAUGUAAAAUAAUAUGGUCAUUUAGUAGAUGCUUUUAAUCCAAAGGCACCUACAGCUACAUAGUGGCACAUCUGCAGUAUAUGUGGCCAUUGUGGGAAUCAACCCCACAACCCUUACUGUACUGAUCUGAUCAAGGCACUCUCAUUGUAUAUGCUUAUUUUGCUAUCAAUUAUUGUGUGUGUGUGUGUGUGUGUGUGUGUGUGUGUGUGUGUGUGUGUGGCGUUGGGGUGGUGUGUGUGGCGUUGGGGUGGCGUUGGGGUGGUGUGUGUGUGUGUGGCGUUGGGGUGGUGUUGGGGUGGUGUGUGGCGUUAGGGUGGUGUGUGUGUGGCGUUGGGGUUAGGGUGUGUGUGAUGGAGCAAAGAGAGCAUGGGGCCUUUUUAAAAUGAAGCUUUUGUUUUCUCUCCGUGAAGCUUCAUACAACAACCUCUUCCUUUUGGCUUUCUGUUUAUUGUGUUAUUUUAUACCACUGCUUCUAAUUCACAGGACUACAGGUGAGAGAGAAGUGCCUGUCAAAACGUCUCCAGCUCUUCCACAAUGGAACACGGACGUUCCCCUGUUUUUUAUUUGUUUAGUCGUGGCCUCAUGUGUUAACUCUCUUUAUUAUGUUCCUCGUCUGUUUUCCCCACGCUUCCCCUUUCUGAACUGACAAUAAAGUGACGCUGGAAAGAGUGACGCGUUGAAGUCACUGAUUUGAUUAGAUCAUAUGGUUUGAUGUUGUUCACUGGCUGAAAGGAGCCUGUUCCCAGGUCUGUAGGGUAUGUGGUUCACUGGCUGAAAGGAGCCUGUUCCCAGGUCUGUAGGGUAUGUGGUUCACUGGCUGAAAGGAGCCUGUUCCCAGGUCUGUAGGGUAUGUGGUUCACUGGCUGAAAGGAGCCUGUUCCCAGGUCUGUAGGGUAUGUGGUUCACUGGCUGAAAGGAGCCUGUUCCCAGGUCUGUAGGGUAUGUGGUUCACUGGCUGAAAGGAGCCUGUUCCCAGGUCUGUAGGGUAUGUGGUUCACUGGCUGAAAGGAGCCUGUUCCCAGGUCUGUAUGGUAUGUGCUUGAGCCAACUCUUCUGACUGUCAUUGACACACAGCUUUGUUAUGCCAUUCAUGUUUGGUGUGACACUGAUUUGAACGACCUUGAGAGGACUUGGCUGAAGCACGGAGCCAUCUGGAGCCUGGUUACAAUGAACCCUGUGUAUACUAUGUUGAUAGCCUUGGAUGCCCAGGCUUCUCUCCUGUUGCUUCUUAAGGUGAGGUUUACUAUAUGGUGACUGUUCUCUAAAACCUCAAUCAAAUUGGCUUUUUGUGUUUACUGCUUGGCUUGGGGGGGUUUCUCAGUGUUUAAAACAUCCCUCUAUUGUAGGUAUGGAUGAGUCUUUAUGGUUUCAAACAUCCCUGUACUCUGUGUAUGGAUGAGUCUUUAUGGUUUAAAACAUCCCUGUACUCUGUGUAUGGAUGAGUCCUUAUGGUUUAAAACAUCCCUGUACUCUGUGUAUGGAUGAGUCUUUAUGGUUUCAAACAUCCCUGUACUCUGUGUAUGGAUGAGUCUUUAUGGUUUAAAACAUCCCUGUACUCUGUGUAUGGAUGAGUCCUUAUGGUUUAAAACAUCCCUGUACUCUGUGUAUGGAUGAGUCCUUAUGGUUUAAAACAUCCCUGUACUCUGUGUAUGGAUGAGUCCUUAUGGUUUAAAACAUCAAUGUACUCUGUGUAUGGAUGAGUCCUUAUGGUUUAAAACAUCCCUGUACUCUGUGUAUGGAUGAGUCUUUCUGGUUUAAAACAUCCCUGUACUCUGUGUAUGGAUGAGUCCUUAUGGUUUAAAACAUCCCUGUACUCUGUGUAUGGAUGAGUCCUUAUGGUUUAAAACAUCCCUGUACUCUGUGUAUGGAUGAGUCCUUAUGGUUUAAAACACCCCUGUACUCUGUGUAUGGAUGAGUCUUUCUGGUUUAAAACAUCCCUGUACUUUGUGUAUGGAUGAGUCCUUAUGGUUUAAAACAUCCCUGUACUCUGUGUAUGGAUGAGUCUUUCUGGUUUAAAACAUCCCUGUACUCUGUGUAUGGAUGAGUCCUUAUGGUUUAAAACAUCACUGUACUCUGUGUAUGGAUGAGUCCUUAUGGUUUAAAACAUCCCUGUACUCUGUGUAUGGAUGAGUCUUUCUGGUUUAAAACAUCCCUGUACUCUGUGUAUGGAUGAGUCCUUAUGGUUUAAAACAUCCCUGUACUCUGUGUAUGGAUGAGUCCUUAUGGUUUAAAACAUCCCUGUACUCUGUGUAUGGAUGAGUCCUUAUGGUUUAAAACAUCCCUGUACUCUGUGUAUGGAUGAGUCUUUCUGGUUUAAAACAUCCCUGUACUCUGUGUAUGGAUGAGUCCUUAUGGUUUAAAACACCCCUGUACUCUGUGUAUGGAUGAGUCUUUCUGGUUUAAAACAUCCCUGUACUUUGUGUAUGGAUGAGUCUUUCUGGUUUAAAACAUCCCUGUACUCUGUGUAUGGAUGAGUCCUUAUGGUUUAAAACAUCACUGUACUCUGUGUAUGGAUGAGUCUUUCUGGUUUAAAACAUCCCUGUACUCUGUGUAUGGAUGAGUCCUUAUGGUUUAAAACAUCCCUGUACUCUGUGUAUGGAUGAGUCCUUAUGGUUUAAAACAUCCCUGUACUCUGUGUAUGGAUGAGUCCUUAUGGUUUAAAACAUCCCUGUACUCUGUGUAUGGAUGAGUCUUUCUGGUUUAAAACAUCCCUGUACUCUGUGUAUGGAUGAGUCCUUAUGGUUUAAAACACCCCUGUACUCUGUGUAUGGAUGAGUCUUUCUGGUUUAAAACAUCCCUGUACUUUGUGUAUGGAUGAGUCCUUAUGGUUUAAAACAUCCCUGUACUCUGUGUAUGGAUGAGUCUUUCUGGUUUAAAACAUCCCUGUACUCUGUGUAUGGAUGAGUCCUUAUGGUUUAAAACAUCCCUGUACUCUGUGUAUGGAUGAGUCUUUCUGGUUUAAAACAUCCCUGUACUCUGUGUAUGGAUGAGUCCUUAUGGUUUAAAACAUCCCUGUACUCUGUGUAUGGAUGAGUCUUUAUGGUUUGUAUGUGAUAAUUUAAAACCUCUUAAAUGUAAAUCAUUGUAAUCUAUCUAAUCCCCAGAAGUAAGGAUUCAUCAUGAGGGCCAUAAACAAUAACUAGUAAUCCUGCAUACUCCGAGGUUAAAAUCUCACCUUCCAGGUAAAAAUUUUUUAAAUAAAUUGCAGAGGUGUAGUCACUUUCGAGGACACAAGUACACAGGACAAUAUGAUGAAAAUAUUAAAUAUGUAUUUCUGAAUCAACAAAACUGUAUGAAUCGGGCUUGAAAUGACUUAUAUAUAUUUUUUAAUACAGUAUAAUCAAUUUAUAAAAGGACUGACUAUAAUAUUUCACCCUCCUUAUAACUGUAAAAUACAUAUUCAAAUAUCUAGUGUUAGAGAAAAUUUGAUUUUUUUUAAAAAUCAAAACAUCUGCCCCCAUCACUGUGAAUGUCUCACAGAGCUCUAUCAUGGCUUCCUGAACUUGUAGGAACUUGCCUUUCAUAUCAUAUUAAUCUAGUCCUUCUAUGACAAAUAAGUGUAUUUUGUUUACAAUUAUUUUUGAUUACUGGCUAUAAAUGGAUCUCUGAGGGACAUCCCUGCUUCACACAGGCAGAAGAGACAUACUCCUGUGUCUGUGAGAAUCAGGGCUACCACUCAAUGCAAGACAUUUAUAUCUACAGAGUCCACAGACCAAUUUAGACCCGGAAAUAUCGGUUAGAACAGUUACCAGAACCACACUGGUUACCAGUUACCAGAACCACACUGUUUACCAGUUACCAGAACCACACUGGUUAACAGUUACCAGAACCACACAGGUUAACAGUUACCAGAACCACACAGGUUAACAGUUACCAGAACCACACAGGUUAACAGUUACCAGAACCACACAGGUUAACAGUUACCAGAACCACACAGGUUAACAGUUACCAGAACCACACAGGUUAACAGUUACCAGAACCACACAGGUUAACAGUUACCAGAACCACAGGUUACCAGUUACCAGAACCACACUGGUUACCAGUUACCAGAACCACACAGGUCCCCUAAACAGGGGACUUUACAUCUAUUAAUAAAUCAUGCAAUUCGUAUAUGUUAAGAAUUUGGAAAUGCUGAAAGAUCCUGUUCAAUCUCUUUAACAGAGAUGAUAUGACAUGACUGCCGAAAUGUCACAGUGACUUGGAGUUCCACCAAACCAAUAUGGAAAUGGAAGAACUGACAGUGCCUCUCUUGCAGAUAAGAGCAUUUUUAAUCCACUGGGAUGGGAGUACCCUCACACACACAGAGAACCUAAUGGCUUCAACAGCAGGUAGGCUUCUAAGCCAGUAAUUAGUAGGACUAGUGAAGUCCAAUAGCCCACGGGGCUCUGGUCUAAAGUAGUGCUCUGCAGGGUUCCCAUUUGGCAUGCAGUCACUGUUUUGAUGUUUUCUCGCCAUUGUGAUGUCAUUUAUUAUUUAUCGCCAUUGUGAUGUCAUUUAUUAUUUAUCGCCAUUGUGAUGUCAUUUAUUAUUUAUCGCCAUUGUGAUGUCAACUGAAAAGCUGUAUGUGGAUCCAUGAAAGGAAGUAAUUACACACACAAAUGAAGAAAAAACAAACCACAUUCUUAUUUUAUUUUUUAUCCAAAUUUUAAAUGUCAACAUAAUCUUGCUUUUACACGUAACAACAACAGACACACGAUGAGCCCUUUUUCCAUCAGCAGUUGCCACAGAGUGCUUACCCAGCCUAAAACCACAAAGAGAAAACAAUGCAAUCAUUGUAAUUCAUGACACAAAACUCUAAAGUUCAAUAUUUACCUUAUGGUCCAGUAAUGACAUAUAGUGUUGAUAGCAGAUGUACAGAAGCUUGUGCUGAAAAGUAUUGACCUCGAACAAAAUCCUAUAGAAACAUGUUUGUACAAUUUGUUAAAUUAUUAAAGGUUGAGUGUUGGUC